AUGCGGAAAGUACGCGAGCUCUGGCGACAGCAUAACACAUAUCGACGAUGCAAGAAGUUGUGGGAAGAGUAUCAAGCAGUCAUGGGAGAUGUCAGCGUCUCCUUGAAAUGUGCAAAGUUGUCGGAUUUCCUCGACAGUUUUCAACUAGCCUACAAGGAGCUGCAGAACAAAGAGCAUGGGCCUGAUCUCGACAACUUCUUUGGAGAUUGCUCUGACAUCUUAAUCGCGCUCCUUGAUCUAGUAGACAGGCAAGGGACAGUCAAGGAUCAAGCGGACGGUGGUGAAGCGAUGGUCACAGAAGUGGUUCACAAAGCGCUUGAAUGCGCUGAGAUGAUCAUUCACGAUGAGAAAUAUCGAAACCUCGUUGCUGAAUCGCUGCCGGUUCUCAGCCAAAUCCUAUCUCUGCUUGACUCGGUUCAAGGGUCAGAGAAAAAGCAGCUUGCACUGAAGAUCCUCACAAGAAUAGGGUCUGAUGUCAAGAGCAAGCUCAACAUAGGGCGGCUGGAUGGAUUUAAAAAGGUGGUUCAGCUCAUGCUUGAUGGGGAGGGAGAGCUUGAGAAAGAAGCGCUGAAGACGCUGAAGCAUUUCUUGGAUGUUCAGAACGAUCAGGCGCAUGGCGAAGUCCCGGCGCAGCUAGUUUCUGCAGUGCAGGCAGCAAACCAGAGGUCCAAGAAGCUCGGGCUGAACCUGUCGCUGAGGCCUCCAGUUCUCUGGGAAGGAGCAAAGGUCUUGAUCAGCCAAGUGGUUCAGAGUUCACCGUCGCAGGACGAAGCACAAGCUGAGGUCAACAAUGACUUUCAGUUCCCCAUCCCCCGCAAAGUGGUGGCGGGCUGCUUUGAAGAGAUCGAGCUCAUGUGCUCAGCCUUAGAUGAUGACUCGAGCAUGAAUGAGUAUCUCACACAUAGCGAUGGUGUCGAGACCUUGGCCAAGUCCAGGGGCAAGUGCAGCGAUGCAGGACCCCGACAGGAUGAGAUGAUAAAAGAGCUGCUGUGCAUCCAGGGAGCUCUGAAGACACUGGUGGACAAGAUGCGGGACACAGUGAGCGUGUCCAAAAUCGAGCUGUUCGAAGCCGUUUCGAAGCUCCUGAUGCAAAACGCUCACAACCAGAGGGAGUUCCGGGCGAUUCAAGGAUACUCCAUCCUACACGGAAUCUUCUCGUCGGUGGACGACUACUCGUUGCCGUCUGGAAAGCGCUUCCUGGAGAGCAUGUUCCACCUGCUCAUCUCCGUGUGCCUUGACGGCAACAUCAACGGUAGAGUAGGCAACUUGGAUGCGCUUGAGCUUCUCUUCGAGCUCGUCUCCGGCUCGAACCUCGACAUGCCCGUGAGGAUGCGCGCGGCUGAAGGAGUGAGUGAGAUCCUGCUGGCCAACCCUCACAACGUUGCCUGUGUACACAAGGUCAACGGCUUCAAGCAUCUUCUCAAGAGCUUCCUUAGCUCCUCAGCGUCUCCACCGCAGGAGGGAACAGAAACGUCGCAGGACGCAGAGAAGUUUCAGAACGUGGUGCUGGAGCUGCUGUCCUUCUGUGCCGUCCUAAUCGGCGAGUACGAGACGAGCAUCAUCGAGGACAUUCUCAGGUGCGCUGUCUGCUCUCCCAACAUCCCGAUGGCGAGCCGCGUGAAGCUUCUGGGAGCCGCGAGGGACCUGGUGAUGGACAGACGCUGCCGCAAGCAGAGCAGCGCGAACCUCAAGGGAGUUGUCGGCGACUUGAUCACGUGGGCGCAGGAGGCGCUACGAGAGACGAUGCGAGCGAAAGAAAAGGGAACAGGCGGGACGCGGGAGGACUCAGAGGGCAAGGUGGCAGACGCGCACGAGGACAAGGAGGGGAGAGGGUCGAAGCGAUGGGAGGGAGGCGAGAAGGAAGUCGCCAUGGUGUUUCUGCGGUGCUGCUUCAGCGGGAUGGAGGAGAACUCCUCGUGCACGAUGGCGCUGGUGGAGCUGCUGGCUCACAUUGCCGCGGGGUCUGCGAAGGUGGCGGAGGGUCAGACGUCCUUCCACAACGGGUCCCAGCGCUGUUGCAUGUCGGCCGAUAUCGUUGCAAUGCUGGGGCAGAUGUACAUGGCAAGCCAGGCAGACAAACUCUCCUCCCUGCUGCUCCUUACGAUGCUCGAGAUAGUAAAGGAUUGUCACGAUGGCAUCCGAAAGAUUGUCGACCUCCUAGAGAACAAGCGAUAUUCCGUCAUCAAGCGGAACAAGGUCUCCUCCUCCACCUACUCCAUCUUUCUCCUGCUCUCUCCCUCCUCCCUUAUGCUCUUCAUCUCAAGUUUGUCCUCUCCCUCUCUCCCUCCAUCUCCCUCUUUCUCUUCUGAAGUAUUUGAGAAGCUUCUUUGCGCAAUGCGGAGGAGUUUGAAGCAGCAGGAGGACGGAUGGAAGGAAGUAGCUCUCCGCUUCAAGGACGAGGGCCUCGUUUCCUGCCUCCUGCUCGACAUCGAGUCUGCGGGUCCCUCGCUCGCUCACUCUGCUCUCACUGUGUUGUCCUCCCUCCUCCUCAACCGCGACUCCCUCAAGCUUUUCCUCGACAACAAGGUCGGCUUGAGAAAUUUCGCCAAGAUCGUCGUGGAAUCUUCACUCAAGAAAGACGAAGUAGCUGUAGAGUCCCUCCUGCAGAUCGCCAGCGAACGUUCAACGUCACCAUUCAUAGUCUACCCCGACGCGUACGACAACACCUUUACUGAGAAUUCCGAUGCUCUCCUCCUCAGCUAUCGCAGCCCAUCACUCAGGUCCGCCUCCUCUCGCAACACUUUCGUGGAGCUAAACUCGGAUCUCUGCAUGGAGGGGCUCGAGCUCGAGCUCUCCAGCAAGAGCAGCGAGCCGCACGAGAGCAGCGAGGACGACUUCUCUCUCCGCAGCAAGGACGCUGCCUGGAUGCUCCUCCACGUCCUCCUCCAUGCCGAACCGCGCGCGCAGGAGGUCGCCCUCGACUUCCUCUGCCGGUCCGUCGCCUCCCGCCCGGGCAACGCGCAGCAGCUCGCCAACGUGAACGCGAUCAUCGUCAUCCUCACGCGGCUCAAGGACGAGGACCUCCCCGCCGCCUCCUCCUGGGUCCGACUCACCGGCGCCAUCGGCAGCUACAGCAUCAGCGCUGAGGAGGCGAAGCUGCUCUUCAAGCUCGCGUCCCAUGCGGGGAUGGAAGAGGGAACGAGCUCGAUGGAAGAGAGGAGGAGGAGGACGAGGCUGCAGGCCAUGCAGGUGAUCGAGACCGUGAGUGCAAGAGUCGCUCCUCCUGCCUUCUUCAACCUCGACGGGCGUCAAGGGUGCGUUCGCUCGCCUCUCAUCGACCGCAAGCUCCCCAAGCCUUCCUCCGGCUACUCCGUCGCGUUCUGGGUGCGCGUGCUCAAGUUCACGGAGGAGGAGAGUUUGAUCCUCCGGUGGGCGGCGGGAAGCAGCGCGAGCCUCGAGCUCUACUGGCAGAAGCUCGGAGCCCAGGACGAUCGCUCCCGCUGCAUCGGCGUCCGGACCUGCAUGGGGACCGGCAACACAUCACCAGGUCCGGCAGGAGGAGGAGGAGGGGCAGCAGCAGCAGCAGCAAGGAGCGAGGGGUUCGGGUUCAACGCGUUCAACGCGUCCUCGUUCCUCCCGGACGGCUGCUGGCACCUGGUGGUGUUCUCACAGAUCAACCGGACCAUCUCCCUCUACCUCGACGGCUCCUUCGUGCAGAGCUGCAGCUUCACCGUCUACCCGUUCGUCUCCUCAGCUGGGGGCAAGGAGAAGCCCAGCAUGCGCGCUGAGGUGCUGGGGGCCGGGCUGGAGGGGCAGGUGAGCCCGCUGCUGGUUACCGACGGCAUCUUGAGCAGCAGCAGCAUCUCCCUAAUGUUUGCGGGGGGACCGCUGGGUGGAGACCAGCUGGGGAUGGAGGGGGGGGAAGUGAAGGCGCUGAUGACGGUGCAUCCUCGGGCCUGCUCGCGACGGGGAGUGAUCGGAGAAGUGCUGGGGUCUGUGCUGGACACGCAGACAAGGAGCGGGAAGAAGCUGGCGGACCUGCUGGAGGAUGUGGUGGACAAGAUCUCUGUGUCCAAGGAUCGGGGGCAUUCAACUAGCGCUAAGAUUCUCUGCUACGUCGUGCACCAGCAGCUGGGCCGGGGAGGAGACCAAGGCCCCGUCAUGUCUCUCCUCCUGCACCUCUCCUCCAAGGAGGUAGGAGGAAAGACCCUCAGAGACCCUGAAGUCUCCCUCCUCCUCGUCGACCUCAUCCCCUCCUCUUCCUCCGACAUCCAGCGCGACCUGCUGCGGGUGCUUGAGGACAGCUUCAUGUCCUCCAGCAGCAGCCGGACCAUGUGGAUGUCGUAUCCUCUCCUCGGGACCUCUCGCCUCCUCUACUUUCUUGAUGCUCUCCCCCCCUCCUUCUGGACCAUCUCCAUCUCCCUCAUGCAGCAGCUUGCGCCGCUGUGGACAGUCAACGACGUGUCGGAGAUCAUGCAAGCGGUGAUCGGUCGGAUGCACCUGCCGCACCUCUCGCAGGUCAACAACGACCUCAUGCUCCUCCUCCUCACCCUCUCCUCCUCCUCUGUCGUCCCUCUCGACUACCUCCGAGCGGCAGGAGGGUUCCAGCUCGGCUUUUGCCUCCUCUCCUCAGAGGACGAGAGCCUGCGCUGCAGGGGCGUCGAUGUCCUGGCCCUCCUCCUCUCCUCCCCCAAGGACUGCAAGCUCUUCCUCAAGUCCUGCGGCUUCGAGCUCAUGCUUGAGCACGCCACGUCAGCGCUGCUGCGGAAGGCUGCGGCGGAGAGCAGGGCAGAGAAAGAGCCCGUGCUGCUUCCGAACUUCUACCUCCUACAGGUCUUGCUGAACCUUCUCCCUGCUCUCGAGGAGGAAGAUGCGAGUCUAGACGUCUGCAAGCGCGUCCUCCUCCUCCUCGACGACCCUUUCAGCUCCGUCAAGUUCCUCCUCUCCGGCGGCCUUGACUGCUGCCGACGCAUCCUCAUGCGGCUGGAGGAGGAGGGGCGGGCAGGGCGAGGGCGAGGGGACCAGUGGGAGCGGACGCAGAGAGAACUGAGGGAGACGAUCGGGAGGGUGGCAGGGAGCAUGGCAUGGCACGGGCUGUGGCAGGACGUGAAGGUUCUGAAUGUGAAGGAGCUGAUUCGAAACGACCUGCUGUAUCUCCCCGUCCUGGAAGAGAUUCUCCAGCGGCUAGAGGAGAACGCUGAGAUUUCUCCGGCUCAGACUCCCAACGUCAACGCCGUGCUCAAGAGCUUGGAGCGGAUCUUCCGACGUCUUGUCGAGUCCUCCUCCUCUUUGUCCUCUCCUUCAUCUUCCUCCUCCUCCUCCUCCUCCUCCUCCCCUGCUCUCCCGCUUCGCGUUGUCAGGAUCCUCAAUCGGGUGGCGAAUCGCAACUCAAAUCAGAUCAGGACGAUGAUGCUUGAGGUCGGUCUCCUCGACCUGCGGGACAAGCUCAUCAUCCACUGCCUUCAAGCUCCUCUCUCCUCCUCUGGCGCCGCCAUGCUCAUGCAGGGCUUCAGCUUCGAGUGGGUGGCGGAGAAGGCUUCCUUCCGCGAGGGCUGCGGCCUUGAGCUCCUCCUCCGCCUCUUCCACUCGUUCCCGCAGGAGCAGGACCUGCAGGUCGCCAUGAUCCUCGUGUUCCGCAAUGUGCUCGGGCAAGUCGAGGAGAACCGUCGCAUCAUCCUCAAGGCCAUCGAGGACGCCGAGGUUGCCGAGCGCUUCCUCCCCUCCCGGCAUGUCCGGCAGAGCGGCAGCAUGGACCUGGACCGGGAGGAGGAGGGCAUGGAGGAGGGCGGCGAGGGGGCGGAUGACGUAAAGGAAAUCCUCAAGUUCCUGGACUGGUACCAGCAGGACGCGCAGCGGCAGAGGAGGGAGAUCGUCGCCAUACGCCUCGAGCGGAUCUGCCGAGCAGCAGAGAGCGCAAAGCUCAAGAUGGUGGAGAAGGCGGCGGGGAAGAACGGCAAGUACAGGAAGCAGACGCGGGAGAGGGACCUGAAGCUCGCAACUGCCGUCCACUCAGCUCUUCCCCAGCAGGACGACAAGACCCGCGCAAAGAUCAGGCAGAGCACGUCUGCGCACGAGCAGAAGAUGCGGGAGAUCCAAGAGAGUCUCCAGCUGAAGCUCAGCAGCGGGGAGAGGGCGUGGAAGGAGCUCAACGCCGCGUCCUCUCCUGCCAUGCGACCCUGCGAUGUGACGGAAGGGCCCUGA